AAUACAUUAUUAGAAGUAUAGCUACAAUACUAGUUGUUUAUAGCCUAUAGAUUUAAAACCCUUUACUUGAUAUGACACACGUAGUCUAGAUGUCUAGAUCUGAUAAGGACAGUGUGGACAUCCUACUCCAUUUUAAUGUCUAAGUCAGUCACAAUUCAGUGCUGAUCCACAAAAUCAUCUACAUAAUAAAAAACAAAAUGAAAGUUGUAACUAAACACAAGAGAAUUCUGUCCUGGACGAACAUGGAAAGGAGCGCGACAUACAGUAAAAACAAAAAGAGUGUGUACAGAAGCAUAUUAACUCCCAAGAGAAGCUUCAAGUUUUUUAGCCUGAACUCUAGCUACACUCACAAGAAAAUGAAGUUUUCCUAUAAGCAAAUGUUAAUGAGGUUAACUAAAAGACUGGGACUCACCAGACGCUUUAACGAUCGUUCGGAAUCUCUAAAUUUGGGGCAUCUACUGCCGAUGAGUAAUAAUGUUCCUAGAGCAGCUCAGGGGACUGAUGCUGAAACACCUCCAGCUUCAGACAUAAAAUGGCGACGUCUUGUAAAUCUAAAAGACAUUGUUAAAGCAUUCAUUCCAAAUUGUGCUGUGCCAGCAGUGACAUUUGGUGACUCCAAUGAAGGCAUGUUAAUCCAGGGUUUACUUGGAUUAUUUAAAGACGUCUUGAUGAAGAGAAGUCUCUACAGUCGUAGAGCCCUUGUACAAAUUGUAACGGAUAGCUCAAACAGAUUGCUCAGGCAAUGCUCACCAAAUAGACAGACUCAACAAACUCAAGAUUUUGAUGACAGUCAGGCAGAGGUUGAUAAUAUUGAUGAGCACAAUGCUUCUCAAACAGAAUAUGUACAAACACAUAGUGCUUCUCAAACAGAAAACUUUGAUGACCUCAGCGCUUCUCAGAUAGAUAACUCUGGUGAUUCCAAUACUACCCAAAGAGAUAACUUUGAUGACCACAACUCUUCUCAAAGAGAUAACUCUGAUGAUCCCAGUGCUUUUCAAAUGGACCACAGUAAUGUACAAAGUUUGCAAGACUUGAAUGAAGCCAGCUCUAGUCAUGAUCCCCCAAAUAUCGGAACUUUGAAUUCGUUUAACUUCAACGAGUCUGGAACAUUAUCAGCAGAGAAUGAAAUAUUUCAAUCCCAGAGAGAAACAAGUGUCUCUCCACUUCUCGUGUCUCUCACUGAGCCGAGUAAUGAAACACCUGCUCAUAGCCCAGCCACCACGUCUGUAUUACAGCCUGGUACAGUCAGCGGCCAGAGCAGCAAUGCUUCCAUUUAUGACCAACUUGGGAUUGUGACAGAGAAACCACGAAGGCCACAAUAUGCACUGAAAUGUCAAAGGCUUGGAACAUUCGAGUCAUGGCCACAACAUCAUUUUAUGAAACCUGAAGAGCUUGCAACGGCUGGUUUAUUCUAUACGGGUCGUGUUGAUUGCGUCAGAUGUUUUUUCUGUGGUGGAGGCCUUCGGGAUUGGGAGCUAGGCGACGAUAUUUGGGUGGAACAUGCCAGGUGGUUUCCCAAGUGUGCCUACCUAAAACAGCACGUGAGUCAGGCAUUCGUGGAGACUGUACAGGAGCUCAACAGCAAGGACAGGAUUUCUCUUGAAGAAGUUAUCAGCAAAUUAAAAGAAAAGGCAGCAUUACGGAAAGACUUUAAUAUCCCUGAAAUAAAAAAUCAUUCAACAUUAGAAACACAGCCAGAGUUAUCAAACAAUUUGGAAGUUGUUAACAGAACGACACACGGGACGCACAAUCAACAGACGACUGGAGCGACCUCCGAUAUUUUGAUGAACAAACUGAAGCAAGAAGAAAGGCGAUCAGAUCUUGUAAAGUGUGGAGAAUGUGGUUCCAAUGGAAGUGGAAAUGAAUCAGAAAUAAUCAGCAGACUUCAAAAUAAAAACAAUCAUCUGCGUCAACAGUUGUUGUGUAAAAUCUGCAUGGGUAACGAUGUCGAGGUUGUGUUCCUGCCCUGUGGUCAUCUAGUGUCCUGUGCUGAAUGCGCUUCGGCCAUGAAGGAUUGCCCAGUCUGUAGAAAGUUUGUUAGAGGGACUGUCAGGGUUUACUUGUGCUAGAUAAUGGAUACACAUGUGUCUUAGAUUUCAGGAAACACGAAGUUUAAGUUGAAGUAGUGUUCAGUACACAAUAACUUUUGUGUUGAGUCCAAAUUAUGAUCACUCUAAAUUAUAUUAUGUAAAUACAUGUUAAUGCAUUUCACUUAUUGCAUUUGUUGAUAUUGUAAAUACUGUUUAUAAUGUUUUAUAAGUCAACGUGAUAAUGGACAGCUACUUUACAUUGAAAUAAUUGCAUUUUGAUUUAAUAACUUUACAUAUUUUUUUUUAUUGUUAAAAAAGUAUAAAUAAAAUCGAUUUGAAAAUG